CACACUGUGCCUUCCAGGAAAAGUGAAUGGAAAGAAUUGAUGGAGAAGUGUGUAAGUGAAGAACGUCUGAAAAUACGUGCGUAAAACUACAAACAAGUACUGCGUCUCUAGCUCUUGGCAAAGCGUGGCAAUGGCAGAUUCUGCACGGUAGAGUUCAUGGCAAGUAAUUGCCUAAUAUAAGCCAAGCAAGAGACACAUACACGCUUAAGAGUGAAGACUGGAACGGCUAGAGAGAGGUGUGUAGCUGCAGCUCAAAGAAAAUGAAUGGCACACUGGAUCACCCAGACCAACCUGAUCUAGAUGCUAUCAAGAUGUUUGUGGGUCAGGUCCCACGGAGCUGGUGUGAGAAGGAUCUAAGAGAACUUUUUGAACAGUAUGGUGCUGUCUAUGAAAUCAAUGUCUUGAGGGACAGGAGCCAAAACCCUCCUCAAAGCAAAGGGUGCUGUUUUGUUACAUUUUAUACCCGUAAAGCUGCACUAGAAGCACAGAAUGCUCUUCACAACAUGAAGAUCCUCCCAGGGAUGCACCAUCCUAUCCAAAUGAAACCAGCUGAUAGUGAAAAGAGUAAUGCAGUAGAAGAUAGGAAGCUGUUUAUUGGGAUGAUAUCCAAGAAGUGCAAUGAAAAUGAUAUCCGAGUGAUGUUCUCCCCCUUUGGGCAGAUUGAAGAAUGCAGGAUAUUGCGGGGCCCUGAUGGCCUGAGCCGAGGUUGUGCAUUUGUGACUUUUACAACAAGAGCCAUGGCACAAACAGCUAUCAAAGCAAUGCAUCAAGCACAAACCAUGGAGGGUUGCUCUUCUCCCAUUGUGGUAAAAUUUGCAGACACGCAGAAGGACAAAGAGCAGAAACGAAUUGCUCAGCAACUCCAGCAACAAAUGCAACAGAUCAGUGCUGCCUCAGUAUGGGGAAACCUGGCUGGUCUCAACACGCUUGGACCCCAAUACUUAGCACUUUAUUUGCAGCUCCUUCAGCAGACAGCAGCUGCGUCAUCUGGGAACCUGAACACGUUGAGCAGCCUCCACCCAAUGGGAGGACUGAACGCGAUGCAAUUACAGAACCUGGCUGCAUUAGCAGCUGCAGCCAGUGCAGCUCAGAACACACCGAGUGGUACCGCUGCACUCACUUCCUCCAGCAGUCCCCUGAGUGUGCUCACCAGCUCAGCAGGUUCCUCACCUAGCUCCAGUAGCAGCUCCUCUGUUAAUCCAAUGGCUUCUCUUGGAGCAUUGCAGACUCUGGCAGGGGCUACAGCAGGCCUCAACGUUAGCUCUUUAGCAGGAAUGGCAGCCUUAAAUGGAGGACUUGGCAGUGGUGGUCUCUCAAAUGGGACAGGUAGCACAAUGGAAGCCCUCACACAGGCUUAUUCUGGAAUCCAACAGUAUGCUGCUGCUGCUUUGCCCACACUCUAUAACCAGAGUCUCCUAACACAACAGAGUAUCGGUGCAGCAGGAAGUCAGAAAGAAGGUCCAGAGGGAGCCAAUCUGUUUAUCUACCAUCUCCCCCAGGAGUUUGGGGAUCAGGAUCUGCUGCAGAUGUUCAUGCCAUUUGGAAAUGUCGUCUCUGCCAAGGUUUUCAUUGACAAGCAGACCAAUCUAAGCAAGUGUUUUGGUUUUGUAAGUUACGACAAUCCUGUCUCUGCACAGGCUGCCAUUCAGUCAAUGAACGGCUUUCAGAUUGGCAUGAAGCGUCUGAAAGUACAGCUCAAGCGCUCUAAGAAUGACAGCAAGCCAUACUGAGCACCCCUCCCCUCCGGGACUGGAGUGAGAAGGAUCUUCUGAUUCCUGCCGUUUGUUCAUCGUUGUGCCUAAAGCAUGUCGAUGUGGCGUUCAAGUACAUCGUCCAAAUCCUUGUCUCUUCAGCUUCUCUGAUGCUUGAACUCUCACCUUUGACCUUGUGUUGACCUUUGAUGCUGAUGUGUAUUUUUAUUAUGUUUGUUUCUUUCUUUUUUUUUUUUUUUGUGGGUUGUUUUUUUUUUUUGUGCUGCCAAAUUGGUUUUGCUAGAAAGACUGCUGAAGGGGAAUAUUUAAACUUGCAUUUGAAUAUAAAAGAAUUUCUAUUUUUCUAGACCUUCGUAAGAUAACCACUUGAUUUUGUGAAUCUGAUUCUUUGUAAUUGUCUUCAGAGCAGCCUUGCUAGCAUACCUUGUGGAGUAUUUGUAUUUCUGUGAACAUACAGCCAAUCACUUUCUAGGCUUAGUUUUUUCUGUGUGCUUAGUUUUAAAAACACAGUUUCGAAGAAAAAGUCAGUUAUACGGUGUGACUCAAUCUUUCAGGAGACUUCCUAGUCACAUUUUGCUGAUCUGGUUUCUGUGCUUGAGGAGACGGCAUGUGUUUUUAUGAGUUCAAACUUGUGACUUGAGUGGCAUCAGCAGAAAACACUUGAACUACAUUUUCUUCCGAUUGUAGCUACAUUUUUGCCCUGACAUUUAUUGAUUUUUUUUAAUUAUUAUUUUUAUUUUUUCCCCUGCUUCCCUGUGUGAUUAUCAGUCUGCAGUGAAAAUUUUGAUCAAAGUUGAUGUUGUAUUUUGUUAAGCUCCAGCGUGCUUGGUUUUUUUGUAACUACAAUCUCCUCAGCAAAAUGUGAUGUUUUUGUUUUAAUCUUUCAAACUAAGAUAGUGCCCAGAAAUGUUUUGCAUGUUUCCUGCUGUUUUCUUCACGCCCUCGUAUAUAUCACCUUCUUCACCUCUCUGUUUUCUAUAGUUUGUGCAAAAACUGAGCAAUUUAAUGGGUUUCAAAGGUAUCCUUUAAAUUGGUGUUUUUGGUAUGACAAAUACCUGAUCAGAAGCCACCUGAGGGCAUCUACCUGUGCACUUAGACUGUCUGCCUGACAGAGCACCUGGACCUUGUGCCACCUCCAGUGCUGUCCGAGGCUCCCAGGGGCUUGGCUGACUCUUCUGUAGUGGAAGUUCUGGUGGAAGGGGAUAGCUGGGGUGCAGGAAAGAGGGGAAACUUCGCAAUAUUUCUGUUUCCAGAGUUAUCUGAAGCUCGGGCUCCUUUGACACACUCUUUAUGAGCAUUUUGUAUAAAUCAGGGCACAUUUUUGUGAAGUCCAGCCCCAGUUUAAUACCAGACUUUGGUGGUAGGAUUCUGGAAUGAUCUAGAUUAGGUCUCGAAACUUAAGUGUUUGAAAUAUCCCAGAGAAAGCAUUUGUAAACCUGGUCCUACAACUGCUGGCUCUUUUCCCAAGUGACAAGCACAAUACAACAGCCUCUGAAGCUGUUACCUGAACAGGGUACCAUCCUCAGCUCUCUUCUCAAGGGCCUUAGCUGGGGAAUCUCUACGGAGAUUUUUUAGUUUUUGUUUAGUUUUUAAUUGGGUAAUGAGCUAAGCAGUUUUUCUGGCUUGCAGGGUGAACUAGAACAGGUUACUGCUUUCUGGGUAGCAGGCUUCCCCCUAUGCUACAUACCAUCUGCACGGGUAGAAACGAGUGUAGCUUCUAGAUGAAGGCACCUGAAGAUGUGUGCUGUGAUGAAGUUUCAGUCAGGAGAAGCAAGCUAGUGUAGGUAUCUUAACAGUAGAAAAUAAUGCAAAAUGAAAUCCCAGGAGAAGGGGUUCUGCUGAGAAAACAUUGUGUUGAUUGGAUAGAAAUCUCGCUUCUGUCCAGUGUUUGGGAUAAUGCAAAGAUGUAAAAGGACUUUUUUUUUUUUUUCUAUCCUAUUCCUGAGUUGGCUGAGGAUUCUCAAUAGAUAUUGGCUAGACUUGUGUAGACAGUCCUUAAUCUGCUUGUAAGGCAGAACAUGUUUGGGUAUGGUACAUAUACCUGGGAGUGAAGCGUGAGGCUGGAUGAAAAAUGGAUAGAGACUUGUUUAUUUGGGAGACAAGGUUGUGGGCUGGCUGCUGUUAGUCCCACAGUCUGAAUGCACAGGGCUGCGUGUCGGUGGGGAGCACUGAUACCCUGCAGUGUACCGAGUAACUGCCAAGACGUUUCUAUACAUGUGCAUCUGGUUCCAUAAGGAACUUUGGGGAAACCUGUGGAAAAAUAUCUGAAGAAAACCAAAAUGCCAAAUGUUGGAUGUUUCUUUCCUUUCUUCUUUCCUUUUCUUCCUUUGGUUGUUGUAAUUGUUCUGUGGUGGUUUUAAUGGGUUUGAGACAGUGGAGCAGCAGCUGCCUUUCUGAUUUUUUGGCUGCUUUUUGUGAAUAAUUUAAAAAGAAAAUUUACAUUUUGGAGACAAACCUGUGGGCUUUUUUAUUGGUACAAACAUUGUAUUUAACACUAGGGGUUUUGUACAGUUUUUUGCCUUUUCUACUAGAAAACAAUGUAAAGUGAUUCACAAUGUGACGAGAAAACAAAUUGCCACUAUGACCAAAUGUAGAGUCUGUUCUGCAGUAACGGGAUUUAAUCAACUCAAAGUCGUGGUUCAGUCGUAGAAAUGCUUUUCUUUACCUUGUUUGAGCUGUUCCUUUUUUUCUUGUUUUGAUUUGCAAAACAAAAUGUCUUUUUGUGUGAAAUUGUGUUGUACUCUGUAGAGAAUUACAGAUUUUACUUUAAUGGUUUAAAAAGCAGAGGAGCACGUGUUGCUUUUCUGAUCUGAUCGCAGAGUUUGUGUAGUGGAUUUAAAAAUGAAAAGAUUUGUUACAAGUUUGGAACGAGCGAGUAUGUGUUAAAGGAAUUUUCUUCCUUUUGUGUGUGUGUGUUUUUUUCUUUUUGUCCCAAAGGGCAACUUAAAGCUGUUUUAAUUGCACAGACACACCGACAACAAGUCAUUUUGUAUAUGCCAAGUGUGGUACCUUCCUUUGUUUAUUUGCUAUUAAACUGUUUGAGAAGA